AUGGCUGAGGCAGCGCAUGAUGGAACCGUGGAGCCGUCCCUUCCAUCGGCUCCACGCUUCGGAACGGGGCGAGAAGAGAUGCCGGACGGCAGCGUUUACGAAGGCCGUUUCCGCUACGGACUGCGCGAGGGUCCAGGGCGCCUGGUGACCGCCCAAGGAGACACCUACGAGGGCCACUUCCGGAACGGCACCUUCGACGGCGCGGGACAGCGGUCUUGGGCUGAUGGCACCACCUACGAGGGCCAAUGGCGUGCAGGUCGCAAGCACGGCGAGGGGCUCCUGGUGGAGCCCUCGGGCCGCUUUUACCGGGGCCAAUGGCGAGAUGGCAAGAGGCAUGGCUUUGGGAUCCAGCAGCUGGACACUUACAUGCGCUAUGAGGGCCGUUGGGAGAAUGGGAUGCAGCAUGGAAGUGGAAAGCUCAUCGAUGCCAGAAAUGACACUGUUUUUCAGGGGCAUUGGAUUUGCGGCGCGCAUCACGGUCAAGGGCUUCUAAGAAGCAAGGGCGGUUUGCGCGAAAAGAUGCGGUACAAUCAAGGCAUGCUCAUGGCAGUGGAGGAGCUUCCACACUUGAAGGCCACAAUGGCGCCCAUGGAUCCGUGGGGAUGCCGUCUCCACUGCGGUGAAUCGAAAUCUGAAGCAUUUGGUGACUCUAUUGGCCAUCAUGGCUCCUCCAUCUGGUCCUCCUGUUCGAGGCACUUGGCAGUAAGCCAUGGAUGGUUGAUGUUGCAGGGUUUAGCCUAG